AUGGCGGCUAAGUACGGCCUAAUGCUACAUCAGAUGGACGUCAAGACAGCGUUUCUUAACGGCUCCCUCAACGAAGACAUCUACAUGGACCAGCCGGACGGAUACCUGGAUACAACACAGCCGGACUAUGUGUGCAAGCUAAAGAGAUCACUCUACGGCUUGAAGCAAUCGCCUCGCAUGUGGAACCAAACAAUCGAUGGGUUCAUGAUCAAGAUGGGAUUCAAGAAGUGCGAAUCGGACCACUGCAUCUACAUCAAGCGAGACGACCAAGACAUGAUUCUCGUGGUGCUCUACGUCGAUGAUCUCAUCCUGGCCAGCAGCAACAACGAACUCCUCAAGUCAACCAAGAUAGCGCUGAGCAAACGCUUCGAAAUGACGGAUCUCGGUGAGCUCGAUUACUUUCUCGGCAUGGAGAUCAAGAACGACCGUAAGACGGGAAUGGUGACUGUACAACAAACCAAGUUUCUCAAGUCCGUGUUAACCAAGUUCGGAAUGGAUAACAGCAAGCCAGUGAAGACGCCUCAAGAUCCCGGCCUGAAGCUAACCAAGAACAUGUGUGAACAAGAAUGCAAGCACGAAGACACCAUGUGCAACGUGCCAUAUCGAAGUGCUGUCGGAGGCAUCAUGUAUCUCAUGGUCGCCACACGUCCGGAUCUAGCUGCUGCAGUGGGAUCAUUAUCCCAGUUCUCGUCCGACCCAUGCCCGACUCACUGGCAAGCUUUGAAGCGUGUGCUGAGAUACCUGCAAGCAACGCCCAAUCAUGGUCUUGAGUUUACACGUGAAGAAGGAAGCCGUAUCUGCGGGUACACCGACGCAGACUGGGCCGGCGACAUUGAGUCAAGACGAAGUACAAGCUGUUGCAUUGUAGAUCGGAGCGGAGAGACCGAAGAGAGUAGAGCAGAAAAUACUUGCCCAAUAGUUGGAAGAUUCGAAAGUGAUUGA